GGGGAAAGCCACCAUGGGUGACUUCAGGUACGGAGUUCAAGAAUCUAAUUGUGUUAAUGGAUACACGAGAUGGAGAUGGCAUAGAAGUAUCCUUGAAUCUCAAGGAAGAAGACCUGGCCAUAUUUGAAAGCACUAAGGAGCUGCUUGAGGUGCUAAUGUGCCUCCACCAUUCAAUUCAUUUGAAUCUACUGGUCUCCCAUAUGAGAUUCAGAGGUUUUGAGCUUCCACAAAUUUCAAGGCGUUCAAACUUUACUCUCGAAUGAAAUGCUUGAAGAUUUCUACUUUCACCAAGUUUAUCUCCAACUCCAGGCUUUGAAAUACAAUGUUGUUCUAGGCUGUCAUCUAGAUUCCCAAUCACAUGUUUCCACGGCGGUUUCAAAGAGGUCCUUGAGACGAUCAGAUGCUGUACUCAGCAGCCACCAUUAUAAUAAGGUAAUUACUAUAAAUACAAAUGGAUGGUGCAUACAAAUUACUAUAACUUCAAGAAAAAACAAAACAGACCCAGAUACCAAUUCACUUCAGUCCCCAAACAUCUCGAUCCAUUCCAGCUUUUUCUCUUCCUUGCAUGGAGAGCUGUACAAGGCACUUUCUGCAAUUUAUUGCAAAAUAAUGUCAGUUAUCCCUUCUUUGGAUACAACUCAAACUGGGAGCAAGUCUGGUAUCCAAGCUUUACGUUCGUUGCAUGUAGCACAUGAAAAGUCUAAGAAUGUAGUAAGCUUUAUUUGGCAGAUUGCAGGUGCAUAGUCUUUCAUAUAAUUUUCAAUCCCGCAGCAACGCGCGGGUGCAAA